UAACAUACAGUCACUUCUGUUGGAGUCUAAUGAGAACUUGUUAUUAUUUUCUACUGUGACUUAACAGAGACAUAGGUUUUCCAAAGCUUGCCUGUUCUCAUCGUGAAAGGCACUACAAGAGCUUUUCUUUUUCUCCUUUUCCUUCUGCUUGACAAGACGCUCAGAAAAAAACAGCUUUCUUGUCUUCCCAGGACAUGUCAGAACUGAGUGCGGCUGGAGCUUGCAUGGAGCACACAGAGUGUGCUCCACCAAGAAGAAAGGACUUGACAAAUUCUCUUGAACAAAAGAUAAAACACUUGGAAAAACAGAGACAAGAGCUCCUGGAUGUCAAUCAACAAUGGGACCAGCAAUUCCGAAAUAUGAAAGAGUUAUAUGAAAGAAAGGUCCUGGAGCUGAAAACUAAACUGGCAGCCACAGAAAACACUCACACCCUAGUGAAGGAACAGAAGCAAAGUGUGACAGAGGGCGACAGGCAGCUCGAGAAGGAAAAGGACAACCUCAGGAAAGAAUUACAGGCACUGAAGAAGGAGAAUAAAAUGUUGAAAGAAAGCAACGCUCUGGCCAAUAGGAAGAAAGAGCAUUAUGCUUGUGAAAUUAAACGUCUCAAUAAGGUUCUUCAGGAUGCCUUGACAAUCGGGAGCUCUUCGCUUUCUGAGGACUCAGGGAAGUGUAAAGGCAGGUGCAGCCAUGCAGAGAUGAGAACAGAGGUGGAAUGUCACAAGCAGCAGCCAGCCUAUCAGUGGAAUGCUCUCAGCCAGCUUCCUCCACGUGUACAGCACAAGGCACAUGGUUUCUCCUCAGAAAGGAAAACCAACCUGUAGCAUUCUGUUAGCAGAGAAGGGCAGAGGGCCGUGAGCUCUCAGCUGUGACUGCUUUGCUUCUUCAGGACUGCUGUGAACGUUCUCCUUCAAGAUCUGCUCCCAGUCACCUUCUCUGUGGCCCCCAUAGGGGAAAGCUCAUAGUGGUCGCUGUCGGAACCGCUGGGACACAGUAGAACUCUACAGACAAAUUGAGCUUCUCUCCUCAAGUGACACAGGACAGGAUUACAUGCUCCUCACAGUUCUCCUCAACUAACUACUGAUAGCUUUGCGAAGACGCCUCCAGGAUUUACAUGACUCCAGCUCUGGUGCUGUGACAUUAUAUACUUUUGAGAAUGUACAGAUCUUAAGCCAGUCAUAGUGGCACCUCUUAUAAUUCCAUGAGAAGUUGCUGCAGGAAGAUUGCGAUAAUUUCAAGGCCGGCCUGGGUUGCAACAUGAACACCACAUAAGCCAAUUCUGCAUCUCAAAAAAUUAAUAAUAUACCAUGUUGUCCCUGGAAGAAAACUUUUUUUCCAUAAUCGUUAAGUUAAUUCUUCAGUGGUUUGACAGUUGGACUAUGUGAUAUGUUCAUUAUUAUUGAACUUGAAAUUACAUGAAUUUUAAUAAUCAAAAGACCUACAGACUCUCCUGACUAAAAAGAGUGAGUCAAACGAAAUAAAAUGACAAAGAUGAAA